UACACAUCGUUUUGGUACCACUGGAACUUUUCCGUUUACUACACAGAACCACUAUGGCAGAGGAAUCGGCUAGUAAGAGUUUGAACGAGACUCCCAUCGUCAAGGAGGCUGCUCCUGCUGGCGAGCCCCGGCAAAAGACUGCUAAGGAGUUGGAGCGUGAACGUCAAAAGGCUGCUAAGUUGGCCAAGUACCAGGCUAAGUUGGCUGCCAAGAAGGCUAAGGAGGAGGCUAGAAAGCCGAAGGAGGGAAAGAAGGCCAAGGCCCCCAAGGAGGUUCCUCCUUAUGUUGAAAAGACGCCUGCUGGCGAAAAGAAGAUUCUCCAGGAUCUUGAGAGUCCUACUCUGAAGUCUUACAACCCUCUUGCAGUCGAAUCUGCCUGGUACGACUGGUGGGUUAAGUCCGGUUUCUUCGAGCCCGAGUUUGAGGCCGAUGGUAGCAUCAAGAAGGCCGGCAAGUUUGUCAUUACGAGCCCUCCUCCCAACGUUACCGGUGCUCUUCACAUUGGUCACGCUUUGACCAUUGCCAUUCAAGACUCUCUUGCUCGUUGGAACCGUAUGAAGGGCAAGACUGUCCUGUUCCUUGGUGGUUUUGACCAUGCCGGUUUGAGUACACAGUCUGUGGUUGAGAAGAAGCUCUGGCAAGAGAAGAAACAAACACGCCACGAUUACUCUCGUGAAGACUUUUUGAAGAUUGUUUGGGCUUGGAAGGAAGAUUACCAUAACCGCAUUAAGACACAAAUGUCUCGUCUUGGUGGCUCCUUUGAUUGGACUCGUGAAGCUUUCACUAUGGAUGAAAACCUGUCUCGUGCCGUUAGAGAGACUUUUGUUCGUCUUCACGAAGAGGGUAUUAUUUACCGUGCCAACCGUCUCGUCAACUGGUGUACUGCUCUUCAAACCACGUUGUCUAACUUGGAGGUUGAGAAUGUCGAUGUUCCUGGUCGUACCAUGCUCAAGGUCCCUGGUUACCAAAAGCCAGUUGAGGUUGGUGUUCUUACUUCUAUUGCAUACAAGAUCGUUGAUUCUGACGAGCGUAUCAUUAUCGCUACUACCCGUCCCGAAACCCUUUUGGGUGAUACAGCUGUUGCUGUGCAUCCUAAGGAUCCUCGUUACCAACACCUCCAUGGCAAGUUCGUUCAACAUCCCUUCGUUGACCGUAAGAUUCCCAUUAUUUGCGAUGACAUUAUUGUGGACAUGGAGUUCGGUACUGGUGCCGUUAAGAUUACUCCUGCACAUGACCCCAACGAUUAUGAGGUUGGUAAGAGACACAACCUCGAGUUUAUCAAUAUCCUUACCGACGAUGGCAAGAUGAACGAGAACUGUGGUGAAUUUGCCGGUAUGCCCCGUUUCGAGGCUCGUGUUAAGGUUGUUGAGCGCCUUCAAGAGCUCGGUCUUUUUGUUGGCAAGGAGGACAACGCUAUGGUUAUUCCUCUUUGUGGUAAGACUGGUGAUAUUAUUGAGCCUGUUAUGAAGCCCCAAUGGUGGGUUAACCAGAAGGACAUGGCUGCUGCUGCUGCUGAUGCUGUUAAGAAUGGAGAGAUCGAGAUUUUCCCUGAUGUCUCUCGCCGUGAAUUUAUUCGUUGGAUGGAGAACAUCCAAGAUUGGUGUAUUUCCCGUCAGCUUUGGUGGGGUCACCGUAUCCCUGCUUACUUUGUUAAGCUUGCUGAUGGUACUUCUGGUAGUCGUGAGGAUGACAAGUACUGGGUUACUGGUCGUACUCUCGAGGAGGCCGAGAAGAAGGCCAAGGCUGCCUUCCCCGGCAAGGAGUUCACCUUGGAGCAAGAUGAGGAUGUUCUUGAUACCUGGUUCUCAUCUGGUUUGUGGCCUUUCUCCACUCUUGGUUGGCCUUUGGAGACUCUCGACCUGAAGAAUUUCUAUCCCGGUACCUUGAUGGAGACCGGUUGGGAUAUUCUUUUCUUCUGGAUCGCUCGUAUGGUCAUGUUGGGUAUUAAGCUUACCGGACAAAUUCCCUUCAAGCGCGUUUUCUGCCAUGCUCUGGUUCGUGAUGCCCAAGGCCGUAAGAUGUCGAAGUCUCUUGGCAACGUUGUUGACCCUAUUGACGUUAUUGAGGGUAUUACCCUGGAGGCACUUCACCAAAAGUUGAUGUCCGGUAAUCUUGAUCCUCGUGAGGUUGAGAAGGCCAAGAAGGGUCAGAAGAUUAGUUACCCUAAGGGUAUUCCUCAGUGCGGUACUGAUGCCCUUCGUUUCACUCUUUGCUCUUUAACGACUGGCGGUCGUGACCUGAACCUCGACAUUCUUCGUGUUGAGGGUUACCGUAAGUUCUGUAACAAGCUUUACAAUGCUACAAAGUUUGCUUUGGGACGUCUCGGUGCUGAUUUUGUUCCCAAGAAGGAUGCUUCUCCCUCUGGCAAGGAGUCUUUGGUUGAGAAGUGGAUUUUCCACAAGCUGAACAUUGCCGCUGCUAGUAUGAACAAGUACAUGGAGGAGAUGAACUUCUUGCAAGCUACCUCUGCUGUUUAUCAAUUCUGGCUUUACGAGCUUUGUGACGUUUACAUUGAGAACUCUAAGUACCUUUUGAGUGAUGGUACUCCUGAGCAACAAGAAUCCGCUAAGCAAACCUUGUACACUGUUUUGGAGGCUGGCCUUUGUCUCAUGCAUCCCUUCAUGCCUUACGUUACUGAAGAAAUGUGGCAACGCCUUCCUCGUCGUCCUAACGACACCACUCCUUCCAUUGUUAAGGCAGCUUUCCCUGUUGAAAGAGAGGACUAUGCUAAUGAGGUUGCUGCUAAGGAGUAUGAGUCCAUCAUCGAGGUUGUUCACUCCAGCAGAUCCCUUAUGGCUGACACUGGUGUCAAGGCUGACGCUACUAUUUACAUCAAGCCUGAUGCUGAUCACAAGACCUUGAUCGAGGCCGAGGCUCCUAGCAUCCAAGCCUUGAUCAAGAAGUGCAAGUCCCUUACCAUUGUUGACAAUGAAUUUGCUCCCGCUGAUUGUGUUGAGAACAAGGUCUUGGGUGACUGCACUGUUUUCCUUCAAAAGCCGUAAUCAUAGGGGAAUUUUCUAAAAAAUACCCGUUACAGAUCAUUUUUGUUUACUAUUUAAUAGUUUAGAGGGAAGUUUAGUCCUUGUAUAAAAAUCAAUUUUGCUUCUACUCAAA